AUGGAGAAAACAUCUGCGACUCAAGAGGCGAUACAGAAGUUCUCGAUAAUCGAGCCUAGAAAAGAUGACGCGCGUGAUAGACGGUAUUUGAUCGCUGCAUUCGGCAGUCUCUGCAUCAUCAUGCUGAUGGUUGCUCUCGACGCUACAUCGCUCGCAGUCGCAUUGCCCGUCAUCACAAAAGCCCUCGCAGGAUCCGCCGUAGAAGCUUUCUGGAGCGGCACCUCGUUUCUCCUCGCCUCGACCGUCUUCCAGCCCAUCCUCGGCUCCUUCUCCAGCGUCUUUGGCAGAAAACCGAUCAUCAACGUUAGCCUCGCGCUUUUCCUCGUCGGCUCCAUUGUCAUUGCCGUUGCGACGAGUUUCACGAUCAUGCUCCUGGGAAGAACGAUUCAAGGUGCGGGCGGAGGCGGGAUUCUGUGCCUAACGGCUUUGAUCAUCGUGGAUAAGAUUCCGCUGAAGGAGCGCGGGAAGUGGUUUAGCUCGCUGGGGGCUAUGUGGUCGCUUGGGACUGUUACGGGGCCUUUGCUCGGCGGAGGCUUGGCUAAGGAGACUUUGUGGCGCUGGAUUUUCUGGAUCAAUGUUCCACUCGUCGGUGUUGGCGGGAUAUGCAUUGCGAUUUUCUUGAAAUUCGACAAGACCAAUGUUGCGCUUGUGGCAAAGAUGAAGGAGUUGGACUGGGUCGGAAUGAGUCUCUUCCUUACAUCGGCAACAGGAUUCCUUAUCCCCAUCACCCGCGGUGGUGUCGAGUGCCCCUGGGACUCAUGGCGUACGCUUGUGCCACUCUGCAUCUGCAUUGCUGGACUAGUCGUGUUUGCCUUGCACCAGGAGUACGUGGCCAAAAACCCAUUCAUUCCCAUUGCCAUUUUCAAAAACCGGUCUGCGGCAAUCAUUUACGUGCAGACUACCCUGUAUGGAAUCAUUCUCUCAAUGGGCAUGUUUUACCUUCCACUCUAUUUCGAGGCUGCAAAGGACAUGUCGCCUGUCAUGGCCGGUGUUGGUAUGUUUCCAUGGACCUUCACGCUAUCGCCAAGUGCAAUGAUUGUUGGAAUCGCGAUAUCGAAGACGGGAGCAUACCGAUGGGCAAACUGGCUGGGUUGGUGUCUCGUGGUGCUCAGCACGAGUCUCCUCGUACUGCUCGAAUCCGAUACACCAACGACCGUAUGGGUAUCUAUAAGUCUCGUUGGUGGUAUUGGACUUGGAGGACUCUAUCCGGCCAUGAUUCUUGGUGUCCAGGCCUCUACAACUGUCGAAAACCAAGCCUCUGCAACGAACAUGUUCACGUUCUUCAGAGCUCUUGGCCAAACCCUCGGUGUUGCAGUUGGCGGAGUGGUGUUCCAGAAUAUGAUUGAGAAGAGAAUGCUAUCAAAGCCGCUCUUGGCUAGGAAAGCCAGGGAAUACUCCAAAGAUGCAAUAGGCUUGGUGCAGAUCAUCAAAGCUAUGCCGGAGAAUGCUGCAAAGGAGCAACUGAUCGAGAGCUUCACUUACGCACUCAGGUAUAUCUGGGUCGUAGCGGCAGCGAUUGCAGCGAUUGCACUACUCGCGAGCAUUUUCAUCGAGGCGUAUCAGUUGAGCAACCCACUCGAUGCGGACGAGACCACUGAAGGAGAUAAAAAUUAG